ACUCUGUUAGGCAAGAUGGCUAAAUGGCAUGAUUGAGCAGUAAUUAGUUGUGUUGAGGCAGCUCACGGACGAUGGAUUUACAGCUUAUUUAGAGUAUUGCAACCGAAUACCAAUUGCUUACAAUAGCCAUAUAGAAUAUACAAGGGAACAUCCGUCCUCCUGCAGACCACCGUCAGAGACUUGUUAAGAGGGCUGAAGAGGACCAAUCUCACUCAAGAUCAAGUGGGGUGAUUUAACUGAAGAUGGCAGCUGCUGGUAUCAGUCAGAAUAUCAUCCUAAUCAUCGUGGUGUAUGCUGUUUUGGUUGGGUUGAUAAUAGUGCUGAUACUGUUUCGAACUAAUCGCCGUAUCCAGCUCCGACAGUACCCCACUCCCCACACUCCCAUCGGAGAUGAAUCUAACUUGGCUAUGAAGGAGGAAAUAAAAGUCGGUCUUGGUAGGGUAGCAGAGAUCAAGGUACAACCACGGUUUUUGGCGGUUGAAGGACAAGAAGGCGAGUCUCCCGACUCCGACCUUUCACAUCGCAUGAUUGCUGUAGAUUCUAUGAGAUCUUUAGAUCGGAUGGUGAAAGAGAUAUUGCCGACUUGGCAGAAAUCCAAGAAGCACAGUGUCCGAGAGUUCCUGUACAUAAUGUCCCGUCCUAAUGCCCCACUCGGCCAGGUGGACGAUGUCUGCCUUGCUUUAUUGGACUCUUACGAGAGGGCAAGAUACGGUGCUCAGCCGUACAACGAGAACGAGAAGAAAGUUUUCAUAGACACUCUGAUGGACCUGAUAAACAGACUCUCUAUUUUGGAUCCAGAGGACUUUGCGGAGGGCCCAGAAAGUACAGAUAUCGACCAAGAUGAUCUAGUUAAGUGGCUGUCAACUCCGGGCAGGGCCCCAGAGUUCAGCUCACUGGCCAGGAGCAGCAGUAUCUCCAUCAACAGACGUUCUGAUCUUAAUAUCAGCGAGAGUAGAGAUCUCAUUGACUUGUCCCUAUCUGAGCCUGACGUGGCCGGGUCCUUAACAGGUCACAUGGAACGACCGUCAUCUCUCGAUCUGUCGUGACUUCAGCCGGGGACAGGGGGACAGGGGUAGGAUUAGGACAUUAAUUAUUUGUUAUAAAGAACAGGAUAAUUAAAUGUAGAAACUUUAGAUCUGGAAUCUAAAUCUUAAUAUCCCUUUAAUAUAAUCUGUUAAAAAUGUUACUAGAUAUCUGUAAUGAUUAUGUUUAUAUAUAUGUUGAUUUUGAAAAUUUCGAUAGACCGUACUUUACCCGGAUCUUAUAAUGUCAGCUAUGAAUCGAAAUUGAAAUUUAUAGCAAUGAUAGAAAAUUAGUUUAGGAGAUCACAUCUUUUCAAGAUCUUUGAUUUUUAGAUCCCUUCUUGUUACAAUUUAUAAGUGUCAAAUAAGCGUUAUCCUAAUAAUAGUUUUAAAUGCAUAAUUCAUUCUUGAGAUUGUAAGACUUAAACUACUUUUGUUAACUGGUUUUCCCGCCCUUUUACUUUCUUUAUAAUAAAAUUAUGAGUUAAUGAUGGCAAUUUUUCGAGGCACAAAAUUUGAAAAUUAGUUCUAAUUUCAGCGGUUCAAUUGCAUUUCGAGAAUUUAUUUUUCGAGUUUUGUGAAUAUAUUUCAGAGAUUUUUGUUGAUUGAUUUUUGGACUAAUAUUACUUUUCAUGCA